AAAAAAGAACUCAUGUUUUUCUGCCCAAUAUAAAUAAACGCGCUGCUCGCCUGAUCCCCGCAAGGCAGAGUUGUUCAUUUGCUACGCUACUAAUGGCUGUCCAGGCGUGGUUCAAGGACGACGUCGAUGACGAUCCAAGGCUUCCUCACCUCCGCAACCCCCAGGAAUUUGUGUCUAUGGGCCAAUUGGCAGAACUGGGAGUGUUGUACUGGAAGCUAAAUCCGAAUGACUACGAGAACGAUGAAGAGUUGCGCAAGAUUCGAGAGGAGAGGGGAUACAAUUACAUGGAUCUGCUGGAUUUAUGCCCAGAGAAAGUGGAAAAUUAUGAACAGAAGUUGAAGUCCUUCUAUACUGAGCACAUUCAUCAGGAUGAAGAGAUUCGUUAUUGUUUGGAAGGAACUGGGUAUUUUGAUGUGAGAGACAAAGAAGACCGUUGGAUUCGCAUUUUGGUCAAGGCAGGUGAUCUCAUCAUUUUGCCUGCGGGAAUCUACCAUCGCUUCACCCUUGACACUAACAACUAUGUAAAGUUAAUGAGGCUAUUCAAGGGAGAACCAGUGUGGACAUCAUAUAAUCGGCCACAGGAAGAUCAUCCUGCAAGAAAGGAAUAUAUUAAAAGCUUUGUGAAAACGGGUGUGCCACUUGAAGCUCACUAGGAGUCUUUUGUCUAUGCACAUUACACACGCAUCUUAAUAUCUUAUACAUGUAUAAACAUUUGUGUGUAUCUGUGGAGUGGGACCGGCAUGCAGCAUGAGAUGUGUAUAAUGUCAACUGUUGGAAUAAUAUUGCGUGGUGUUGUGCUAGAGAUAUUCCAUAUUUGAACCUUGUUAAUAGCAGUAGUUAUUGAGAUAAAACUCUGUUGGACAAAUUUAAGAGCUAUAUGUUUUGAGCUUAAGAA